CACUUGAAAUGAAUUUCCCAUUCGAGCGGGCAAUCGUCGUUUCUUUGACAUUUUCGUCACUCCACUAAAUUCACUCCCACUCGAGUGUGAAAGCAAGACAAAGCACCUUUGGAUCGCGCUCGUGACGUGGAAUGGCAGAAGGACUAUGUGGAAAUAGCAGUUUGUCUGCAGAAACGUAAAGAUUGAAGUGCGUGUGUUGCAAUGGCGGAACUACCCUCGGGACUGUUGGAGGCAUGCGUGGUGCUCGGGGCCUCCAGUGAGAAGCUCCGGGACCUAUACCAGCUUCAUCAACAAAAUAAGUUUGUGGAAUUUCCCCUUCUGGAUGCAGAGGUUCUGCAGGUCCAUAUCCCGCCUUUUGUCUCCAAGGAGACCAAUUCCAGUCAUGUGAUUGGUCCUUCCUUUAGCCGUGUGCAGCGGCGGAGAAGCUUCAUCAAGAAGAAGAAACGGGACCGUGCUCCAGAUUCCGCACAUAACGGGGAAGCCGCCAAUCACUCGGAGGUAUCCUCGGCAACAGAGGACAUCAGCGUUCCGAAGGAUCUGGACCUUAUCGCGUUGCCCCAGCUCUGUUUUCCCGGUGGUCUUCAGUUGUCCAAUGAGCAGAGAGAAGACGCGUAUCACUUCCUGGUUUUUACCGACCUUUUGGGGAAUCGAACUCAUGGAGUUGUGGCGCAGUACUACAGAGCCGUACAGCCCUAUCAGGAAGCUUCCAUCCAGAACGGCCAUCGUUGGAUUUCCUCGAAAUGUCGUCUUUUCGCUCCCUACGCCGUGUGCGUCAUCUCCAAGUUGCCCUACUACAACGCCUUGAGGGACUGCUUGUCGUGUUUGCUGGUCCAGUUGCGACCCGGCAGACAAGUGGAUUUAGCGGAAACCAUGAAGGAGUUUUCCGCCAAGUUGUCCCUCGUCCCGUUACCGCCUCCUGGACAGCUACACGUGUCCUUUAGCCUGCGUCCCCUGCUAGUGGUUCUCCCAUCCAGGGAGAACCAGGACGGCCCCAUCAUCGACGUGGACUUGCACCUGCCUAUGCUGUGUUUCUCACAUCCAACACUCCUUCAGAUCUUGUCCUGCAUGCUCCAAGAGCAACGUCUGGUCUUCUUCUCAUCCGACUGGGCCAGACUGACUCUGGUUGCUGAGUGCCUCUUGCUCUAUCUGCAGCCGCUCACCUGGCAGCACCCUUACGUUCCCGUGCUGUCUCGAGGAAUGCUGGACUUCCUGAUGGCGCCCACCGCCUUCCUGAUGGGCUGCCACAUCAGUCACUUUGAAGAAGUGGCUGCGGAGACGGAAGGUCUCAUCCUGGUGAAUAUCGACGACGGUAUCAUUCAGUCGUCCUGCGCCGACGACGUCGACCUCCCCGUGAUUCCUCUGAGCGCGGCCGAGUGUUUUAUUUCGAGAGCCGAGUCGCUGCAGCUCCACUACGACCUGGAGCUGUGUCACCUGGGAAGGCCCACCGACGCCAUGGCCAUGCAAGCUCAGCGGCGGGUCUGGCAGAGACGACUCAACAAGCAGAUACAAAACAUCUCCCUGGAGCUGCUGGUCAACAUCUUCAGAGCCGUGCAGGACUUUCUAAACCACGAGCACAGAGUUUUUAACAGCGAGGAGUUUUUGCGGACCAGGGAGCCAGCGGACCAAGCCUUCUACAAAACGGUUUUAGACACACACAUCUUUCACUCAUUCCUGCGAGACAGGCUCAACAGGAAACAGGACAGCUUCAGCCGCAUGGAGCUGAACACGCGCAACCAAGCGCACAGGAACCGCGGCGUGACCGAGACGUCCCGGCGUCCGCCCAUGUCCGAGUUGUCCCGCAACGGCUACAGCAGCUACGCCAGCCCGGACAACCGACUCAGCAGGCGGCUGGGGGCCAGCAUGCCCAACCUGGACCAGUCGCCCCACGAAUCUUUCAACGGCAUCAGCCCACUUAGGCCGGCUUCUCUCCGGAAGAUGACCCCCGACUCUGGCUUGAAGUUUCCUCAGAAACCCGUGAUGGUUUUCCGCCUUCCCGAAUUCCCGCCCCCUUUGGCCUAUCAUUAUGUCCAAAAUUAUUACGCGGAAAUGGUUACGAGUCUGGGCAAGGUCAUAAGCGCCACUGCUCCCGAUGAAGCUGCUCUGCUGGCCAGGUACCAUUACCUGCGUGGUUUAGUCAACACGGUGUCAAACAGACGUCUGGACGCUUUGGAGGACUUCCAGAGUCUUUACAAGACCGACUCGGACAUCUUCCCUUUGCAGAUGGUCAAAUCUCUGGUGGACUCGCUGUCGGAAUCCGACCGUCUGCAGGCGGACAGGCGGACGGAACUCAAGCGUCUCAUCAGCCGCCUCAAGCGGGACCAGGAACGCGAGCGACACGACAGUAAGCCCGAGGAAGGCACGGUGAAACGUUUCCAGCUGCCCAAAAAGUACAUGCAGCUGGACGAGUUUGUCAAGUGCGUCCAGGAAUCGGGGAUGGUCAAAGACCAGGGGACCAUUUACAGGCUUUUUGACGCUCUAACUGUUGGGCAUCAGAAGCAGGUUGGACCCGACUUGUUUCGUGUUUUCUACACCAUCUGGAAAGAAACCGAGGCUGAGGCACAAGAGGUAUGCUUGCCCGCGUCUGUGUUGGAGCACAUCGAACCCAGCGAGUGCGUCUUCAAGCUCUCCUCCUCGGUCAAGACCAGCCGCGGCGUGGGCAAAAUCGCCAUGACCCAACGGCGGCUUUUCCUCCUGACCGACGGCCGGCCCGGCUACGUGGAGGUGGCGCAGUACAGGGAUUUGGAGGAGGUAAAAGUGUCCUCGGCUCCUUUCUUGCUCCUGCGCAUCCCCACCUUGAAGCUGCGCGUGCGGGGCAGGAAGGAGGCCUUUGAGGCCAAUUUGAAGACGGAGACGGAACUGUGGAACCUGAUGGUCAAAGAGAUGUGGGCCGGACGGGACUUGGCCGACCAGCACAAGGACCCCCAGUACAUGCAGCAGGCUCUGACCAAUGCCUUGCUGAUGGACGCCGUCGUGGGGAGCCUUCAGAGCAGCAAGGCCACUUACGCCGCCUCCAAGCUGGCUCACUUUGACCGCAUCAAAAUGGAAGUGCCGAUGAUGGUUCCCAGGACGACGGCCGAGACGCUCAAGCACAAGAUUAACCCCUCGCUGGAACUGGCCGCGCCUCGUGCCGUCGACGCUCUUCUCUACACGCCGGGUCAACUGUGGGUGUCUGUGAGCGGUGGCAAGGUGAUGGUGUUUGACGCCUCCAGCUGGUCCCUCACGCACACUUGUCAAGUCGGCAACGCCAAAUUGAACUGCAUGCUAGCCGUAGACCAAGACCAAGUGUGGAUGGGCUCAGAGGAUUCCGUCAUCUACAUCAUCAGCAUGGUGGCCAUGGUCUGCAACAGACAGCUGACGGAUCACAGGUCCGAGGUGACCGGACUCGCUCUGGACACGGACAAAUACAGUCAAAAGGUGGCGUACUCCUGCAGUGCCGAGGGAACCGUCAUGGUGUGGGAUGUUUCCACACUGCAGGUGAAGAAGAGCUUUCACCUGUCCUGUGACCGCCUGCACUCGGUGCACGGCUUCAACGUGACCCUGUGGUGCUGUUCCAGGGACAGCAUCAUGGAGGUGUGGAGGAACGGCUCUUUAAAGCACCGUCUGAACUUGCCCGAGCAACACAAAGGCUCUGCAGCCACAUUCAGCGCUGUGCUCUUGUUACCUGAGAGGGAGGAAGUGUGGAGCAUAUGCGUGGAUUCCGGACAGGUUUGCAUUUGGCAUACCAAGGAUGCAUCAAAGCCCUACCACCGGGUGGCGCUACAGGACUGCACUGGAUGUCACUGCAUGAUUAGAGUGAAAAACCAGGUGUGGAUCGGCGCGGUCGGCCGCUCGUCCAGCAAAGGGAAGGUGUACAUCCUGGACGCCGAGCGCCGGCAGGUCGUCAAGGAACUGCACGGCCACAGCGACAAGGUGACGGCGCUGUGCUCGGCCGAGGACCGCUACGUGCUCAGCGGCGCCGCCAAGCAUGAUGGGAAGAUCGCCAUCUGGAAGGUGGAGUAGCAAGUGUUGUUUACAAUCGCCGGCUCCUCAUGUGACAAGUAUGGAGCAAGCGCAGUAUUACGCCGAGGCUUUUGUAAGCUCGCCUGUCCUCCAGCUGUGAAUUCAUUCCGUUUAUAGGAACAUUUUAUUCUGCUCGGGGGUUUUGCAUUCAUGGCGCCUCUUUGGUCGUAAAGAUGCUAUAAACCUCGCAUGAACCCAGUCCUGAGCUUACACAAGUUAUUGACCGCUAAUAUGAACCGUACGAUUUCACGUUAUCGCUGCCUGUAAAAAAAAAAAAAAGCAUUUUUUCCCCCAACUCUGUCAUUGCAUUGAAAUGCAAAAUGGGGAAGUCAACAACUUCAGAACAUUCUUGCGUCAUAUUGUUGCAGAACCAAUGGCCGCUUUUGCUUCUGUUCUGUCUAAAGUGCGGAGUUGACACUUUUGUCUUUUAUGAUGAUCGGCUUUUUGAAAAAAGAAAUACCUCACUUUUGCAUCAAAGGAACAAAAUCAAAUAGUCAGACAUGGCAUUUCGGAGAACUCUUCAUGGGAAGAUUUCCGAUCCUUAUAUGAAGGAAUGCAGAUGAACCAAAGAAAAACAAACACUUUAAGGCCAUAAUAUGCCUCAAACAUGAUCUUAUUAUAUCUCACUAUUUAAUCUGUACUGUAGAUACAUAGGCAUUUUUUGUAUUCUGUACAUUGAGUUUUUAACUGCAAUAUAAUGGCACUUUCUGUUGCGGAGGGAAGGAAUUGAACACAUUUGUACUGUUCUUGUUUUUAAUGUGAUGCUUUGUUCGAAGGUAUUCAUAAGUACUUGAGCUCUUUUUAACAGUAAACGCAUUAUGUGCAACAAAAACACUUGGAAA